UUAUGUAAUCCUGUAGUGAUCAUGGCUAGGCUUGUAUAACGGAGGGUUUCUUCUAAAAUUGACAACUACAGUGGCUUAAGCCUCAACCCAGAAAUCUCAGCAAACUAAAUGCUUCUUUUGGUGCAGACAGUAUUUCUUAUCAGGAGUCCUUAUUCUGAGGACAUGUCAUUCAGGUGGGCACAGCGCUAAUCUGGAGACACCACUGACACCCCCCAUGUACUAAGGGGUAAUCAACCAUGUAUUUAUGCAAGCAGCAAGUGAGUCACCUCCUGCUUUGCCAUCCUGUGGGAUGGCAAUCCUUUGCUUGUUUUCGUGCUUGCCCGUGGGCGAAUGUUCCUUCAGUAGCGGUGAGGCAACAUCUAUUCACGCUCUCUUGUCACCGAGCAGUGAAGAAUAAAUUUGGGCCGUCCAUUUCUAACUCGCAAAGCAUGACUUCCACGAAGAAACACCUGGUUUAACCGAACAUCUCUUCACAUCAUGCUGACCGUGCCAUCCCCUCGCCACGGUGCCAUCUCGGCACAUGCCUGGCCACCACGAACAUCUCCAGCUGCACCUCUUCUGGGGCUUGCCCAUCUUCGCAGCCACCCCGGGGGCUGAGGUGUGGGUCAGUGCUCGCCCUCACCAGCACUGGAGAGAAAGGGGAAGGGAAAAGAGAAGGGAAGGGAACCCCUGUCCUCAGCCCCCAGCAACCGGAGGCGUGAGGGAGCCGCCAUUUGCGCCAGCGACGGCUGCGCGUGCUGAGGCGGGGGAGCGGCGGCAGCUCCGGGAGGAGCGGCUCCCUCAGCCCCCUUCGGAGGCCGAGCCGUGCCGUGCCGUGUCGGGCUAUGCCGUGCCGAGCCGUACCGGGCACUCCGGCAGGCGUCGCUGCGGCUCCCGGUCCCCGUCGGCCGCGUGCCGGCUGAGGCGGCCGGGGUGAGGCGAUCCGGGCGGCGCCUGGCACUCGGCUCCCCGGCGCUCGGCUCCCGGGCGAAGAGGCGCCGAAGCCCCCGGCGAGGUGUGGCGGGGGGAUGGCCGCCCUGUGGAGGGCCGCUCUCUCCGAGAGCCUCCUCGGCUACAUUUCUUGGUCUCUUUACCACGGUCUGCCACCGAUGAUCUAUUACUUCCCCCUUCAGACGCUGGCACUCACGGGUUUAGAAGUUUUUGCAGUUGCCUUCUUUUCUCCAUUACUGUUGAUAAUCGGUCCUUUUUGGAGGUUGGCUAACAACAAGUACAUCCUAGCCCUUCUGAGACUGACUAUGGUUGGCGGCUUAGCAUCGUACCAGGCACCAAAUGCUCUGAUCAGACUCCUCAUCUUGUCUGCAGGUGUUUCUUCCUCGUUGCUGGUUCAAACAGUAACAUGGUGGUCAGGAAACAGUUUACAAAGGUUCAUCAGGAUAUGGGGCUUCAUACUGGGCAAGAUAAUGCUGCUUGUUCUUCGCAUCUGGUAUACAUCACUGAACCCAGUCUGGAGCUCGCAAGCUGCCAACACAGUCAUACUCACACUUGGUUUUAUAGCAGCGGUGGAGCGAAUCUAUUCAGGUGGAGACAAGAGGAAACAAGAAGCAAACAAUACUGGUAAUGGAGUUAGAGAGACUGUUUCCCAGCCUAAUUGGCUUUUGUCAGGAAUUGCUUUUGGCAGCCUCAUGUUUCUCACCGUGUGGAUAUUUGGCGAGGUCUCGCUAAUUUCUAGAUGGGCAGUAAGUGGGCAUCCACAUAGAGGUCCGGAUCCUAAUCCAUAUGGAGGUACAGUUCUGUUGGGCCUGGCUCAUGGACUGAUGCUUUCAUUUUGGAGCUGGUCUUCUGUUGCCAAUUUUGCCUGGUUUCUUAUAGGUAUAGCAUCUUCAGCUGGUCUCCUGUAUUUACAGACCUGGAGUGCUGCUGUUGCAGGCAACAUUCUUGCUGUCUUUACCAUGUGUGUGUGGCCUCAGCUGGCUGGACACUUUGUUAGCUGUCUGCAUCCUGCAAAAGCCAUGAGUACAGCCAUGUUUGCCUAUGUUCUUGAAUUAUUCUUCUGUGUAUGGUGUACAGCUUAUAAAUUUGUUCCUGGAGGAAUUUAUGCCAGAGAAAGCUCCCAUCUUCUUUUAGGUUUUAUUAUGUUAUGCAUUGGGCUAGACUUUCUAACAGGAUCCAAGAAAGACCUUAGCUUCAUUUUUGAAGUGAAAAGCAACCAAAAGCCACUGUUCAAAAGGAGUAAAAAAUAUAUCAAACUACUGUUGUGGCUGUUUGUUGGUGUUGGUUUGCUAGGAUUGGGUCUACGUUAUAAAACUUACGAGAAGAAGUUGGGCCAAGGGGUUACAAAAAGAGACUUCUCUGCUAUGAUCUGGCCUUUUCGAUUUGCAUAUGACAAUGAAGGAUGGUCUAAUUUGGAAGGAUCAGCUAAUUUGCUCAAUCAGACAGGUGCAGAUUUCAUCACUAUUCUGGAGAGCGAUGCCUCUAAACCAUUUAUUGGGAACAACGAUCCAACAAUGUGGCUCGGAGAAAGACUAGGAUUUUACACAGAUUUUGGUCCAAGCACAAGAGACCAUACUUGGGGUAUUAUGGCACUGUCAAGGUAUCCAAUUGUAAAAUCUACCCACCACCUUCUUCCAUCUCCGGAGGGAGAGAUUGCACCUGCCAUCUCCAUGACUGUCAACUUCACAGGGAAACUGGUUGAUUUUGUUGUUGCUCACUUUGGAAACGAAGAAGAGGACUUGGACAGAAAACUUCAGGCCAUAGCUGUUUCAAAGUUGUUGAAGACUAGCGCUAAGCAAAUUGUAUUUCUAGGAUACAUCACUUCAGCUCCUGGAUCCAGAGAUUAUACGGAAUUAAUAGAAAAUGGAAAUGUCCAGGAUAUUGACAAUACAGAUCGUGACAGGUGGUGUAGCUAUAUUAUGUAUCGUGGAGUAAUAAGGUUGGGCUAUGCCCGCAUAUCUCAUGCUGGUUUAAGUGAUUCAGAAGUCCAAAUGGCCAAAUUUAGGAUCCCAGAUGAUUUAGAUAACUAUGUUGAUAAUGACAGAAUUGUUACUGAUCCCAGCCAAGUUCCCGAGGACACCCAUUUCAAUCCCAGGUUUGGAUCUUACAAAGAUGGACAUAAUUAUGAGCUUAUUCAUCACUUUCAUAUGAGCACUCCUAAAUAUUUUAAACGAACGAAUUAGAAUGAGAAAAUAACAUAUCACUGGGACCAGCAAAGGUUUGUUGUUUGAAACUGAACUAGCAGCCAAAAAGACUACAUUGUUUAAGAAGGAGGAACUCCCACGCUGUAUAACACUGAACUUCUGUGUCAUAGUUGGUGACUCUCUUCUUUAAUGAGUUGUCAUCACUGUAAGAGAGGGAAGUUGCAAACAUUUUGAUAAACUGGUAUCCACCUGGGCCAGACAUCUGUUUUGUAUGCAUCCAAGCAUGGGUGGGAGCUUGAUUUGGAAUAACUUCCUCAAUUUUAUUGAACGUAUCCUAUACUGUACUUUCUCAGAGUUAAACGGACCUAUCCUUUUCAGAUAUGACCCCUUUCCUCUCCUGGUAGCUCCUUGGAAAAAAUACAUGCAAAAAUAUGCAAAAACUGUGUUUGAACGAGAGUGUGCACUUUUGACUUGAAUCUGCUGCUGAACCAUAUUUUAUUCUUAAAGAAAUUUGGUUUUAUAGAACAAUUUGCAGACGAUUGAUAUUUAUAGUAUUGGUGAAAAGGCUGUGACUCUUACAAACUAACAAAAUAUUAGACACUGCAAUGUUUUUACAAAGAGGAUAAAGUAUUUCUGAAUAACUAUUAUUUAUGACCCAUGGGCACACUGCAGAAGAAUUUAUUUAAAAACUCCUGCUUACCAUGACAAGGUUUCUGUGAAGAGACAAAAGCUGAUUGUAAUUUUUAUUUCUUGCACUUCCAGCAGUUCUCUUUUGCAAAUGCCAGUAGCCCUGGUCUCUCCCUUCUCACAGCCUGCAUCAGCUGCUGAUGCUGGCACCAGCAUUGCACAGUGGUGCUGAGUAACCCCACUUCUUUGCUGUAUGCACCGAUGCUAGCUCUGACUUAUGUCCAGCCACAGGUUUGCCUUUCCACAGCAUGUACAAAACAUAACAUUAACUUGCCACAUUACUUAAUAUUUUCCACAGGCUGACUCUACAAAUAGCUUGUAACAUGAACAGUUUAUUCAUGUGAGAUGCAGGAAAUAGUAUUCAUAAACAUAAAAGCUUGAAACCUUUUAUUUUAUUUUUUUUAAAUGAUUAAAAAAUUAGAAUCAGGGCAUUUUUCAAGAAGUCAGACACCAAAGCACGAGUUGUGGUAGUGGAUCAGGCUAUACAUCAUCUCUGUGUGUAAUCUUCAAAGUCAGUGUGCAUACUUGAAUGGAUUUUCAACUUCCACAGGAUUUAGAAAUGUUCUCCCCUUCCUGAAAGCUGAAGUUAAAAUAUUCUGUUCCUUUGAGUAACGUAAUGUUGGUGGAUCUGUACCUCAUAAUGUCCACAUAUCCCACUGUAUGCAAAUGUAGUAAGUAUCAAUUAUAUGUCGGCAUUUGGAUUACUGUCUCAGAAUGACUAAGAGAAACUAUGACCAUGAGCUGUAUGUAUACUGCUAAAGCUAAACCUACGCUUGAUUUGUCCUUGAACCUGCGCGUUGUCCUAACCCCCUGUAUCUGCCUGGUUUAGAAAACAGUGCAGUCCACCUCUUAGUCGCAAUCGCUAUGUCUCAAACUAUGAAAGAAAUGUGCUAGAACAGGUCCUGCUGCAGGGGCAUGUGACUAGUCCUGUUGUUGUCUAAUCCCACUCUUCAUUUCAGCUUUCAAAAGGUACUGUGUUAUGAAAUAAAAACGUCUGUGGAUAUCUUACACUGUAUGUUCAGAGACAUGAAAAAAUAAAAUGUA